AUGGCUAUAAGUGCUCACUUUUUUCCAUGCUUAUCUGUACCAGAAGGACUAUUAGGUGCUAGUGCUCUGCCCGAGUGUGACUUAUGCCCAGUUGAAGUGAGCGGAGCCGAGCCAGAGCCACUGAUGCUAGACUCAUUCAGUUUGCCACGUGAACCAGAUGGCCCGCGUCUAGAAGCUGCUAAUGAGGAGGUCGUUGACUUAGAGCUGAGAGCUCCGCCUCGUCCCGUCGAAGCUCCACCUCCGAGGCCAGCAUAA